UCAGAAGACUCCUCCACAAAGAAUGAAGAUUGCCCAGAUCCACGAAGCAGGGACUGCACCUAGCAACGCACCCAUCGCCCCGCAGAAACACACUAUGGGGGCCGCUAUGUGCGCCCGCCCAGAUAGCCAGCGUCGAUUGGACGAUUGCAAUAAGGUAUCGGACGGUUGCGCGAGCCCUGGAUGCUCUUUCAGUGCGGCUGUGAGGUUUUGCGCCAGCUGUUCUUGCAUCUGCUCUUCGGAGGCUUCGAGUCCCAUGGCUUCGUAGGCUGAGGCGAUGGCAUUCAGCAGAUUCAAAAACAGAUUGCAGAUGAGUGUGCCGAUAGCACCGGCUCCUGGGUUGGCGCAAAGAAUGAUCACGACGUUGAUGGAGUCGAUGCUGUCGUUGAGGACGGAGAUGCCGCUCAGCACCGUGAUCAUCCUGACGAGCCACCGAGGAGGGUCGGGCCGGUAGAAGCGAGCGAUGAUGGGUGCCGUGGGAGACGGCCCUCGCGGGUCGCUGCCUGGGAGUCCACGCCCGAGUCGAUGAGAUGGGAGUAUUCGCCUAACUCCAUGUCGCCCGAGGGUGGCUUUUUGCGCUGCACCUGACCGGCCGCAAUGCACCAAAGUCGUCAGCAAAUUGCUCACACAAAGGCUUCUCCUGCGUACCAGUGUGGCAUUCAUUUGGGCGUACUCCAGGCACCAUUUGAGGACGAGCAGAGCCGUCGAGACAGAGGCAGAGGCGAGAAGGAGCCGCUUGCACAGGAGGGGGAUUGUGUACUGGGACGGCUCGUCGAUAAUCAUCUCCCAGAAGGAGAACCAGUCGGUCACUGCACAAUGUCAUAUGCAAUGGGGGCAGAGAGGGAGCAAUAUACAUCAUGAUGGGAGAGAGAUGAAGAUCCCUGCUGUUGCUUACGUGCCGCGAAGGCCCCCAGGAGGAUAAGCAUUAUGUUCUCUUCGAGGAAUUUCUGCAAUGAGACACUUCUGGGCCCUUGGCUGGACAAAACCGACGAUGCGAAGAUCCGUCCAUCAGCUGUUUCUGCACGCACUGCCCCAGCAAGGUCUUUCAAGUCGGCUCUCAAGGUUUUCUCUUCAUCCUCUAGCUCUUUUACGAUUUCCUCUUGUCGCUGUGGUCCCUUCUUCCACUGCAGAAAGACAAAGACAUCAUACCCACUUGUGUGAUCUAGGUUUCAAUUAUCUAGGUCUUUUCGUACGAAUUCUUGUCGCCAAGCAUUCUCCUUGCGAAUCAGUGCAUUGGACCGCAUCAGAAGGGCAGCGUAGCGUGCCUGAUUGGUGUGUCCGCCAUAGUCAUAGUAGUCGUCCGAAUGUCGAGCCCCAUUGGCUUUGAGGAGGACGGCGACAUCCUUCAGCUCAGGCUGUGUCACCUGCACAAACAUGGCACGCAGUCAGGCUUUCUUUAUGCUUAUCCCCCCACUCACCACUUCGUCGAGAGGCGCCACGACUAGGCCACCGACCAGCUGACGUGUGCCAAGAUUGGGGUCUGCUCCGGCUUCCAACAGCAGCUCCACAGUGUUGAAUAUCCGAGCAGCUUCAGCAUCCCACGGCAAGGGCCUGUCGCUGUCGGUCGCUGCCUCGGCCAUGACUGCGCGAUGUAGAGGCUCGCCACAUGACAUGUUUGGAUCUGCGCCACCGUCGAGAAGCUUCUUCACAGCCACCAAGGCAUCAACUGUCCCUUCUUGAUAGCCGCGGACGCCAGAGAAGCCGUACAUGGCCACUACCGCAUCGUGUCCGUUUCGAAUUUGAUCGAUGCUGUCGAUGAGCUUGGCAUGUUGGAGUCCCGUGAACUCUGUAAUCAGCUGACAACUCAAAAGUGCCACCGUCAGAAUGAUGUUGGCUAUUGGGAGCAGCUGCAGUUGAUAAGUGGGAUAGCGGAGGAAGAGAACAUUGCAUGUGAGGCCGAGAAGGCCUCCAACCCUCAU